UGAAGUUAACCAGCUGAGCUGAAAUCAUCUCUACAUACAGCUGUUUCCACAGAGACUGGUCAAUCUGAUCGAAUUAAAAAUAAUAAUAAAGAAGGAAGGAGAUAAAAAAUCUGCUGAUCUUUAGGUAAUCCUGAGACAUACACGGAAACAUGACGCCAACAGGAGACUCCAGUAGCCAUCAUACCGAUUCCAGUACAUCUGAUCCUCUUAGCAAUUCUUCACAAAUAAAGAAAGAACUUCACACUCGCUCAGACCAAGGAAAGACUAUUACUUCUUCGAAUAAACUCCAAACCGAAAAGCGCACAGACUCAUCAGAGAAGCCGUAUCACUGCUCAGAGUGUGGGAAGCGUUUCAGUUACAUGACCUCUAUACGAGCACACCGGCUCAUCCACACAGGAGAGAAACCGUUCGUCUGCUCACAGUGCGGGAGAAGUUUCAGACAGAAGGGUAAUCUCACAGCACACCAACGGCUUCACACCAAAGAGAUGCCGUAUCGCUGCUCAGAGUGCGGAGAGAGCUUUAAACAUAGGUCGACUUUACAGGAACAUCAGACCGUUCACUCGGGGAAGAUGCUCUAUUGUUGCUCGCUGUGCGGAAAAGGUUUUAACAGAGAAAGCAAUUUUGUAAGACACCAGCACGUUCAUACAGGGGAGAAAUCACAUCACUGUUUACAAUGUAAAAAGAGCUUUAGUCUGUUAAGUACUCUCCAACGACAUCAGCGUGUUCACACAGGAGAGAAGCCGUAUCACUGCUCUGAGUGCGGGAGGAGUUUUAAGUACAAGACGACUCUUAAGGAGCAUCAGAGCAUUCAUUCAGGAGAGAGGCUUCAUUAUUGCUCGAUGUGCGGAAAGGGUUUUAAUCGAGAGAGUCAAGUUCGAAGACACCAGAGCGUUCAUACAGGAGAGAAAACGUAUCACUGUUUACCAUGUGGAAGGAGCUUCAGUCUGUUAAGUAGUCUCCAACAACACGAACGCGUCCACAAUGGAGAUAAGCCGCAUCGCUGCUCCCAGUGCGGAAAGUGUUUUAGUCUGUCAAGUAGUCUCAAACGACACCAGCGCGUUCACACAGGAGAGAAGCCAUUUCGCUGCUCACAGUGUGGGCAGGGCUUUGACCUGUCGAAAGCUCUCCGAAAACACCAACUCAUUCACGCAGCAUAGGAGCCAUAUCACUUUUCGGAUUGUCAAGAAGUCAAAGUUGUCUCAAAGUUAACAUCAAGUUACUUACCCUUACAUGUUGGUAAUUCAGUGCAACUUUCUUAAAGAUCCAAAUUGUGUUUGCGGAUAUCCAAACGCUUCUGCAUACGCUCUUCAGUGAGUUGUUUUGGCACCAGGUACACCCCCAGACCACAAAAAAAUCUAAUCACUGCACGCUGCUUUUCUUUCGUGCAAAGCACAAGUGGCGCAUACAUUUUCGCAGUUGAUGAACUGAUGUAAUGUGUUUCAAAAAUGAACCGAUGUAACUCACUGCACAACGGAAAGCGCUGAUAAGACCGUGUGACUUUAUUAUAAGUGCGGACUCAGUAAACAUAAUUUGAUGAAGCAAUAUCAGUAUUUGAUGUGACCAUGCUUUAAGGACCCUUUUAGUCUCAGGUACAAUUUACCUUUUAUAUGAAAUUUAGUGAUUGUUGUUUGUGCUGCUUUAUUUUCUGGCAUAGAAAUAUUUUUCUAUAGUGUUCAAUUUUGUUUUGGAAUACUAAUGGUUGUAAAUCAGAAAUGCUUUUUGUGCUUAAAAAUGCUAAUAAAAGUGCUAAAAACAUACACACACACAGGGUACCUUAGACUUUUGCACUGUACUCUGUUGGCAUAUUUAUAAAAGUGUGUCACUUAUAUGUAUUAUAUUGAUCAAAAUACAUAAUUAUAGUAUUAAUAUGAUGGAUUAAACAUGCAGUAACACUAACUUUACUGAAAGUGGUACGAAUAAAUAACAUAAUAUGUCAUAGUAAUGGCUUACAAGUGUAUAGUUAAGACAAAUAGGAAAGAAGUAUAAGGAAAACACAUUUAAGACUUAG